UCGCUAACACGCUCUACAGCUCAUGGCACACCGACACGGCCUCGGACGCGUCCUAGGGCCUCUCCUCUGGUGACCGAACGCCAUCACUCGCGCGCCGUGCGGGCCCCCGGGGUGCUGCAACAAUGCGGUUGCCUUACCUCGGCGCCGCUGUCGUUCGUCACGUCCUGCCGCUGCUGCUCUCCGUGUCGCAACUCGCAGCAGUAGCAGCAGCAGCAGCAGCAGCAUCCGAUCCGCCAACUCCAAGCCCGCUCUGGAUCCAGCCGUCAGGCGAAUGGUAUGGCAUCGAUGGAACUUGGUCCAACUUCCUUUUUUACGUUGGUUCUCCCGCCCAGGUGGUCUAUCUGACCGUUGCCACGGCCCUGUCUGAGAUCUGGGUCAUCUCGACCGGUGGCUGCGUCCCAGUUCAACUAUGCAUCGAUGCCCGGGGCGGCGUCUUCGACAGUUCACAAUCCGAAACAUGGCGUUCGCUGGGGGCCUGGCAGUUGGGCAUGAACUACACGGGCAUGGGCGGCAAUGGGGACUACGGGCUGGACACGUUCGCCUUCGUCAACACGGUGACGCGGAUAUCCACCUCCAUCAAAGGGGCGCUGGUGGCUGCCAUCAAUGACACCGACUACUACGAGGGAUAUGUGGGCGUUGGCGUGACGCAGGGCCGAUUUGGCUCCAACCUAACAACCCCUCUCAUCUCGCAGUUGGCCGAAACGUACGGCACGAUCCCUAGCCAUGGCUACGGAUACACGGCGGGCGCCUAUUACCAUGACGAUGGAAAGAACAGCGGGACCGUCGCGUCCUUGACGUUGGGGGGAUACGAUACGUUGAGGUUCAAACCGCAUGACACCACCUUUUCGCUUGACCCAUUAACCCGACUACCCAACGUCCGAGUGCGCGGGAUCACCGCCCAGGUGACGUCGAUGGAUCACGCACCCACCAAGAACUGGACGUCGACGGAGCGGCCCCUCGUGACUAUGGACGAUUCCAUCAUCGCUCUCAUUGACACCUCGACGCCUUACCUCUGGCUCCCCACCGAGGUGUGCGAACGCUUCGCUGCAGCUCUGAACCUGACGUGGAGGGAGGACUUGGGUGUUUACGUCUUUCGCGACGGAGCGCAGUACACACAGUAUCAGUCCGACACGUCGCUUUCCUUCACCUUCACGCUUUCCAGUUAUCAGAAUGCCGACAACUUCGGACAGCCCCUCAACACCCCCGGAGUCGUCAACAUCACUCUCCCGUCGGCCGCGUUUGCGCAGCUCCUACGAUACCCCUUCAAGAAUGUCAUCCAAUGGGGGAACUCGAGCAUUCCAUAUUUUCCCCUUAAACGGUCCACCAAGGAAGUCAACAAUAAUCAGUACAUCAUUGGGCGCGUGUUCAUGCAGGAGGCAUAUAUGAUUACCAGUUACGACCGGGCCACUUUCUCGGUUCAUCAGUCUCUCUUCCCUAUUAACGCCGCUACGAACUACUCGCUCGAGGCUAUCACGAGGCCGAUCGAUAGUCCAUACCCGCAAUACCAAGCACCCAGCAGUCCGAGUCAGGGGCUGAAUUCUGGCCAAAUCGCCGGCAUCGUGAUCAGUGCCCUCAUAUCCGGCAGCAUUUUGGCAUUGGUCCUCUGGUUCUGCCUCCUACGCAAACGGAAGGCGAGGCCGAAGGAACCUGCACCGCAAGAGGAGGAAAACAAAGAGGGCCCUCAGGCUGCUGAAGAGGAAGACGACGAGCCGAGGAGUCCGGUCAAGAGGAUGUUCACCAAGAUCAUCAGGAAGAAACGAUCGAGGAAACCCGUUGCGCACCAAACGGACGGGAGCACCGAGCACCCAGUUGAGGUCGGGGCUGACGCCCAACACCAGGUCUUUGAAAUGCCGGUGCCGCCUGAGCCGGUUGAGCUAGACAGCCACGAUGUUGGAGACGAGGAAACCGAGUUUGGCGCCGACCGCACCGAUGGUUUGAGCCAGUACGAGAUCACCAGGCGGAAACUGGACCGCCAGUUGCAGGGACCAGUGCCGACCUACACUCCGACGGCGUUUCCUCCCCCGGCGCCUGGGCCGGAGAAGUCGAUGCAAGAUCCAAGUCCCGUUGCUCAUCACAGGCCGUCCGAUGAACCGUCUCCGGCGUUGUCACCCACGUGCGCCAACGGCAACUCCCUUCCCGCUUCGCUUCCUUCUCCCUUGACGCCACAUGGGGAUUGGACCAGCCGCAUGUUUGACCUGCCGUCGCCCAUGACGGUUGCACCUCCGUCGAAUCAUCUCAACGCUUCUUCCAACGGAUCCGAUCCCAGCAGCUACUCUCCCGUCUCACCCCAGUCUCCAAAUUCCCCCCACACUUAUGCUCCUUCGUCCCUUACCCGCUCUGGUUCGAACGCUUCGCCCACUUCUCCAACCGGAUCCGUGCAGCUGCCUUCCCCUUCGUUCCAACGAACGCCGAUCGACCCAUCGCGAGUGGUAUGCCUAGGGCCUCUGCCGGAGAAUAUCCAGCUUCCACGCCUGCAACCACCAAUACCUCGGAUCGUGACUCCCAGCGACGCUUCGUCGCAUGCUGAGCCCGCUUAUCUCGGUCCUGAAGACUUGCCACCCCCUCAACCUCUCGGACAUCGUCGAUCCCAGACUCAGGGCUCCACCGAUACGCUCGGCAGCAACUUCACUGUUGAUGAGGAGACCCAAUUGAGAUCGGAGAUUGGAACAAGAAUCGAAAGCGCGACACAAGGCCACCAUCCCCAGGCCCAGGGCCAUGACCACGACAUACCGCGCAGUCCUCGUAGCAUGACCGUUACUGAAGAGACCCAAUUGAGAUCGGAGGCUGGGACAAGAAUUGAAAGCACGACACAGGGCCAACAUCCCGAGGGCCAUGACCACGACAUACCGCGCAGUCCUCGCAGCAUGGAGCGCAUCGAAGCCGGUUCGGAGCUCAUCCACGUGCCGCAGGUCGCGGAGAAGCGAUAUAGCUGGGAGGACCAGGACGAUCGUCAUUUAAUGCGACGGCCAUAACCCCCCGGUUUCACCCUAUGUUUUACUACGCAGCGUACAUAUUCCUGCCGAAAUUUCUCUGGAUUUUGUUUGAGAAGCUGGGUUAUUAUAUACCACCACUGCCAUGGCUGGCUUUUCAUUUUGGGUACAACGGGAGCGAGGCGUUUCGGAG